UUCUUCGGCGAGUAGGCAAAAUGCGGUCCUUCUCCUUUGUGGCAUUUACUUUACUGGUUGCCCAGAUUUUUAUACUUUUCUGUAAAACAGAAGCGUCAAGAGGACCGAAUAAACUGCAGAGGGAAACUCCAAACAGCUUCAAGAUAUUCGAUAUUUACGACAACGCAAUUGCCGUCAUGGACAUUGACGGUGACGCAAUCCUGGACUGCUUGUCAGCACGCAGAGAAGACUAUGAUCCCGUAGCCAAGUCCGUCACCUAUGUCUGGUCCAUCGCUGCGCCAGAUGGUAGUGGAAGAAAAUAUGUUCCAUUCCACUUCACGGAAGGUGACACUCCAGACACCGUACAAUUUACAAUCACUGCAGACGGCGAUGAUGAUACUGGUACUGCUAAAUUCGUAUACACGGACUACAAGAACUGUGCUAUUCUGGAGGUGCCGCACUUUGGGGACCAAUGCACCCUUUGGGUGACAGAGGAUGUGCAGGAUUCCAUUCCCGAGCACUGCCUCGAACAGUUUGCCGACAUAUGCGGCAACGGUAUAUCCGUCCACGACGCUGACAAGUGUAAGGGCGUGGACACACAAAACAAGUAGACCACGUGAUUGCUCAAGCUCAUGCCCACCAAUUUUAAGCUUGGGCAACAUCAAUAACCCGUUCAUUUUGUUUUAGUAGCGUUAGGGUGCACAUAUGCACAGUAUCCUGUUUUUUUGUUAUGUUUAGGUAAAUCAAGAAGAAUAAAAAGCACGUGGUAAACCAGUA